AUGAAGGAAGAGAAAGUGGAGCUGACCCCUAAUGAGGUGCAGAGCACCGCACUGCAGUACGCCGGAUGGGGUCCCAAAGGACAGCAACUGAUUUUCAUCUUUGAGAAUAACAUCUACUACAAAGCGCAAGUGAACAGCCCAUCAAUCCGUCUGGUGUCCACAGGGAGUCUGGGGGGCGUAUUUAAUGGACUUGCUGACUGGCUCUAUGAAGAGGAGAUCUUCCAGAGUCACAUCGCUCACUGGUGGUCACCAGAUGGUCUCAGACUGGCAUAUGCCACCAUCAAUGACACUCUGGUGCCCAAGAUGGAGAUACCCAUGUUCACAAACGCACUGUAUCCCAGCGGACAGGAGUACCGCUACCCUAAAGCUGGGGAAGAGAACCCUGAUAUCUAUUUGUCAGUGGUGAGUCUGAACGGCCCUUUACACACAGUGAGGAUGAGGAAACCAGAAGACCCCAGGAUCAGGAAAGAUUACUACAUCACCAUGGUGAAGUGGGCAACCAGCACCAAACUAGCAGUAAACUGGCUGAACCGAGCGCAGAACAACUCCAUCCUGACCUUGUGUGAGGCCACCACAGGCAUCUGCACAAAGAAACAUGAAGAUGAGAGUGACAGCUGGCUUCACAGACAGAACGAACCCCCGCUGUUCUCCAGAGACGGAUACAGGUUCUUCUUCACCCGAGCCGUUCCACAGGGCGGCCGAGGGAAGUUCUUCCACAUAUCCAUGUCCACUUCCCAGCCCAACAGCAGCACAGACACACUACAGUCGCUGACGUCAGGAGACUGGGACGUGACGGAGAUAUUAGCCUACAAUGAGGACACCAAACUUGUAUACUUUCUGAGUACAGAAGACGAUGCAAGACGGCGUCACCUCUACAGCGCCAACACCACAGGAUCCUUCAACCGCCGAUGUCUUUCCUGUAAUUUAAGCUGUGGAUACGUCAGUGGAUCAUUCAGUCCAGAUGCUAACUACUUCCUUCUCAACUGCAGAGGUCCCGGUGUGCCUCACACAGCCGUGUACAGCACCAGAGACGGAGAGUACGAGAAGCUGCUGGACGUGGAGCUCAAUGAGCAGUUGAACACCACUGUGAACAACACGCAGAUGCCCAAAGUAGAGUACAGAAAGAUCAGCAUAGAUGAUUACUGUCUGAACAUGCAGAUCCUGAAGCCAGCAGGGUUUAUAGAAACAGCUCACUACCCCUUACUGCUGCUGGUAGACGGCACCCCCGGUGGUCAGAUGGUGACGGAGCAGUUUCUGGUGGACUGGACCACGGUGCUGGUCAGCUCCUUCAACACCAUAGUCAUGCGUCUGGACGGCCGCGGCAGUGGCUUUCAGGGCACGAACCUCCUCCACCGCAUCAAGAAGAAGCUGGGGGAGCUUGAGGAGAGAGACCAGCUGGAAGCUCUUAGAGUGAUAUCACAGGAGCCAUACAUUGACAGCUCAAGAACUGGAGUUUAUGGAAAGGCAUAUGGAGGAUACCUGGCCAGCCGACUAUUACGCUCAGAUGAAAAUCCAAAUAUGUUUAAAUUCAAAAUCAAGUGUGGCACGGCCAUCUCUCCCAUCACUGAUUUCUCUUUAUAUGCUUCUGCGUUUUCUGAGCGCUAUUUAGGAUCACCGCAGGCCAGUAAGAGAGAAUAUGAGAUGGCGCGUUUAACAGACCACAUGGAGCAACUGAGGGACAAAAAACUCUUGAUAAUUCACCCGACGGCUGACGAGAAAGUCCAUUUUCAGCACACGGCCAAAUUUAUCACCCACCUGAUAAAUGAGAAAGCUAAUUAUACAUUACAGAUCUACCCAGAUGAAGGCCACUUCCUCCACUCGAGAGAGUCGCAGCUACAUCUGAGUCAGUCGCUGGUCAACUUCUUUGUGGAGUGUUUCAGACCCCCAGAGAUACUGACUGAAGACAAACUGGAGCAGGACAAUGAGGAUGAUGGUUAAAGUUCUACUCGGAUCCAGCACAAGCCAGCUUACAGCCCAAUAUGCAAACGCCUCCCUUCCACCCCAUCCUCAUGGUAGUUCUGAUGGCUUCUCCUGAGCCUCUGCAUGGACCACACCCCUCAACUCUGAUUGGCUCAUUGGCUCCAGGAAAGAAUCUGAAUGACUUGGUGAUACAAGAACCAGUGGAGGUACACGAUGAACCAUUUCAUACCCACAGCACCACACGAGCAGUGCGACAAAACCAGCUGGACAUGCGUGAUUCGGUCAAAACUCUUUUGCUUGUGUUCUGUAAUUCAUGCAUUGCUGACAGAAAGCUUUAAGACGACAGCACAAUAUACAGAAGAACGACUGGCCGGAAUUAAAAGCUGCAGAUUUACUGCAGCAUAUUUUCCCUGCUGCGUAGCGUUCUGAGGAGUUCAAACCAGUUUAGGUCCUUUAUUUGGGUAUAAAUGUCCUUGUGAACUCAUUUGUUUCUGUUGUCAAUGUCAUCUUUAUCGGGCUUAUUCAUGCUGAAUGAAUUUGCACGAAAUAUUUAUAAAACCAUUUCAUGUGUCAGUUGAAUGUGGUAAUUUACAUUAAAAAAAAUUAUUGGAGCUGAACAAAUGUGCAUAAAUCAUAUACAUAAAAAUGAACAGGAAUUUGUUGUGCAUUUCAUGAGGCUAUUUGUUCAUCAAAUGUGCUACUGUAAAACUUUCAAUUGUUGUAAGUAUCCAUAUCAGCGUCCGCAUGAUGGCACAAUGGCAUAUUGUUAAUUUGUGAAUCGGCCCAUUCUGAAAAGGACAGUCUUAUUUUUUUAUUAUUAUUUGAGUGCAGCUGCAAAUGUCUAUGGAUAUUCAUUUAGUCACUGUGCCUUAUUGGAGUAUACCUGCUAAAGACAGGCAGUCCGUGAGGUAGGACGAAUAAUUUAUGGGGGGAAAAAAGAAAAAAAGUUUAGAAAUAAAGUUUUAUGUUAUCAAAGAGAACCAUGCCACAAUCCUGCGAAGAACAUUUUGUUUACAGUCCUGUGUACUAGUUGAGUUGUAAAGUAAUCCAGAAGAAUAACUGUGAAUACAGAAUUCAUAGGACUAGCGUCUUUGGGCAGGUCUGUGUUUUGUUUGGGGUUUUAUGUCAUACGUGGUUACAAAAGUCUUUGAAGAACGUUUUGCAUAGAAUAUAUUUUCUUGCUCUAUAAUUUGGCAUGGUGGCAAGAUGGUUUCUUUUGUUUUAAUGUAUCUAUUUACGUCGUUACUUUUGACAGCUUGAAUGUUCCUAUGUGGUUCCACUGAAUUUAUUGUCGUAAGUGAAAUCCUGUCUUGUAAGCAGAUGCACUGAUGUGUAAAUUACAACUGUUUUGGUCCCUACUUGUGUGUACCUUGUACAUAAAGCAUUU